ACAGCACAGGGUAGAGACAGGAUGUAAGAAAGGAACUAGGGGCUCCAGGCAGAAGAUCCGCAGGGCUGCCGAAAGGGAGCACAGGGCUGCAGAAAGGGAGCACAGCUGCCGUGAGCAAGAACCCAGGCUGAGGGGCAGAGAGGAGGCUGGGGUCUGGGCUCCUGGGUUGCCUGUCAGGAUGGGGAUGCUCCGGCCCUGGGGCCUCAGCCUCUUGCUUGCCCUCCUGCCUCGGACCUGGGGCACAGAGAUCCGUCCCCCCCUGAUGUACCACCUCACAGCUGUGUCAAACCCACCACAGGGGACUCCUGCCUUCUGGGUCACAGGCUGGCUGGGUACUCAGCAGUAUCUGAGCUACAGCAGCACACGACCUCAAGCGGACCCCUGGGGGGCCUGGGUGUGGGAAACCCAGAUGGCCUGGUACUGGGAGAAGGAGACGGCGGACCUGAGGGACAAGGAGCAGCUCUUCCUGGAGGCCCUUGAAGCUCUGGAAGGGGAAGCCAGAGCCCAUGGCAAGGAAGGUGACUUCACGAUGCAAGGUCUGCUGGGCUGUGAACUGGCCCCUGACAACUCCUCAUCACCCACGGCCUUGUUUGCCCUCAAUGGUGAGGAAUUCAUGCAGUUCGACCCCAAAAUUGGCAACUGGAGUGGAGAGUGGCCCGAGACAGAGACAGUCAGUAAUCUGUGGAUGAAGAAGCCAGAGGUGGCCAGGGCGGAGAGCGAGUUCCUGCUGGUCUCCUGCCAUGAGCGGCUGCUGGGCCACCUGGAGAGGGGCAGCUCCUACCUGACCUGGAAGGAGCCGCCCUUUAUGCGACUGAAGGCCCAGCCCGGAAGUCCCGGCUGCUCAGUGUUAACCUGUACGGCCUUCUCCUUCUACCCUCCGGAGCUGCAGCUGAGCUUCCUGAGGAAUGGGCUGUUGGUGGGCAUCGGGGAUAUCGACUUUGGCCCUAAUGGUGAUGGCUCCUUCCAUGCCUGGUCAAUACUGGAGGUCAAAAGCGGAGACGAACACCAUUAUCAAUGUCACGUGGAACACGUAGGGCUGGCACAGCCUCUCCUUGUGGACCUAGGAUUUCUGGCUGCAGAUUCGAGGGCCAGAUCCUCCGUGCCUGUGGUUGGAAUCGUCCUUGGUUUCCUGGUGGUCCUGGUGGUCACGGCAGGGGGAGUGUUGCUGUGGACACGAAUGCGGAGCGGGCUUCCAGCCCCUUGGCUUUCUCUCAGCGGCGAUGAUGUGGGUGACCUGCUGCCUGGCCUGAGCUUACACCGAGAGACUGACCCUCAGGAUGCAAACACCUUCCCAGCCUCAGCCUGAUGCCCCCUCCUCAGGCCGCCAAUACCCAGUUGCAGUGGGUGGUGCUGUAUGGCCUGAACUCCUGGCGUCUCUGAGCCUCCGGAGGGAGCCCUAGGUCUGACGUCCUCCCUCUGGACCCCUCUUUUUAUGACCUGCCUCAGUUUCCCCUCCUAAUGUAUAUGACUUUUCCACUCCCACAUAUAAAUUUGGACCCAAUCUGUG